AUGGCUCUUGCUGCCAACAUUAAUGCACUGGCUGACGAGUUGAUCACGGCCACUGCAAAGAUCUCGUCGGAUGAAAAGGAAUAUUCGCAAUUCAAGAAACUCAAGUGUCGUGUUGAAGAUGCUCUUCGGACAGGCUCUCAUGCACGAACCAACCAGUUCACCGUCUCUAAGCAGCUUGAGGGUCUGCAGGAAAAGUUCCAAGUCCUCAAUCGUGAUGAUCUGGCAAGCGCUCUUCGGGUUCGCCUCAAUGAACUGGAAGACUCUCGCAACGACUGGAUCCCGGAGAUUCUGAGCUUGAUCCUGCAACUCUCAGAUCGUCCUGCACUAUUGUCCAAAGUCGAGCAGCUGGGGACGCUGGCAACUGCACCUGAGGAGGCUGAGUCUCUUUCAUGGGCUCACUUGGAUGCUAAGGAGGCCGCGUUCAGUGACCAGGACAUAUGGGAAGAAGUUAACUUCGCCGCUGACUCGGCGGAUGAUGACCUCUCACCCGCCUCUAGCAUCACGGCCCCCCCACGGCCCCGCUCCCCAACAUCCAACGACCUGGGAGAAGAAUACGUGAUCCCAGAGGAAGCUUUUGUCUCGGAUGAUGAGGAGAACCUGAUUUGUGCCAUAGAAAAGUCUCAAUUCUGGAAUGAUGAGAAUCAUCCCGAAGUUCCUCAGAAUGAGGAGGCAUCGCGCACUGUGACCGAACUUCAGAUCGCCAAAGAAGCGAUCUUCAUGUUGCAAGGCCUCCCAACUUCUAUCUUCUGGCGGUUGGAUGAGGAAGUGGAAAUUGACCGCCGUUACACCAUCACAUAUUCCUCGAUUGAAACCCUGACUUCGUGGUUGCGCUGCUUCUGCAAGAUGGCUGCUAAAAUUGAUGUUGUUCGGCAGUUCACCAAACGCCGUCAUGACCUCCCUUACAUGGAGACACUUUGCAGAGAUAUCGAGAAUAAGCUCCAGGAGUUUGACACCUUCCUCUCUCAAACCCAAAGCUACUACGUCUCUGCCGGGUCGACUGUUAGCUUGAUUAAAUUGCUUUUCGAUGCCCGCCGACAGUCGCGCUCGCUGGUUUUGUUUGCCGAACUGGUCACUAAACUAGGUCAGGACACGGAGAACGAACCUAUGCUCUGCCUCGAUUUACUCUAUGAUUUGGUCGGCAUGGUUGAAGCCUUGGGCGAAACUAGGGCAUGUCGAUCUCUCGCGGAACUUUUCAUGUCAUGCUUUAUGACAUACACUCGAUCAUUCCGUCCCUGGAUGGAGGGUGGACAGCUGGAUCCACGUAACCCCCCUCUUUUCAUUCGAGUAAACCAGACAAAUGGCAACCUGCGAACCCUGUGGCACGACUGGUAUGUGUUCGACGAAGGCCCUCGGGAACAGAAUGUUCCCCGGUUCCUGGAGAACAGCAUCCACAAAGUCUUUGCCACAGGGAAGAACAUGGUCUUUCUGGGCCAUUUCAAGCCAUUCCCAGACUACCUGAUAAAUUUCAGACAUUUUUACCAGGCUCUGGAACGCUAUAAUCCUGAGGGUCCACCCCGUUACCCAUUCCCCGUCACGGUGCAAAAUGCUUUUGCGAGGCUGGUGGAGAGCAUCCAUUCGAGCAGCGCCGGCCUUUUGCGAGCGGCGCUAGACGAACACUGUGAGCUGGAUAUCAGCAUUGAUGCCUUGCAUCAUAUCUAUCUUGGCAAAGAUCUCAGUGUGCUGGACUCAUUCGAUGCCAAGGUCUUUGAUCUGAUGGACCGUGGUCGUUCCUGGGAUGACCGGUUCCUGCUGACCGAGCUCGCGAGGACUGUUUUCAAGGAAGUGUCCUUCAUUAACUCGUCGAAUAUCACCGUGCGAUCUACCGGCUUGCCUUCAUUUCACCAACCACCGGACAAUGACCGAACCGUGAAAAGCCUGGAGGCGCUCUUGAUCGAAUUUGUCCUUCCUUGGCACAUUGCGAACAUCAUUACCGACAGAGACAUUUCUUACUACCAGCGAAUUGCUAUCUUCUUGAUGCAGAUCCGACGCGCCAAAUACGCGCUCGUCAAGCAACGUCUACGCGAUGCUCGCAAGGCUAUACCGGAUGGCACCGGGGACACGUUGACCCAUAUUCUCCACCACAGCCUGCUUUCGUUCCUGGAUUCCCUCUACGGCUAUCUCACCCAAUGCGUGAUUGAAACUGCAACGCAAUCCGUUAAGUCAAACCUGUCCAAGACCAGAGAUGUAGAUGCCAUGACCUCCACCCACCGGUUCUUCAUUGUCUCCCUCGAAAAGCAGUGCCUGCUCUCCGAGAACCUCUCGCCAAUUUACGAGGCCAUUCUCAAUCUCUUGGAUCUCUGCAUCCAUUUCGCAGAUCUACAAACUGCGCAGUCUCCCGAGGAUGAGAUCGACUCUGACAUCGACUCUAGCGACGAGGAAGACCCGGACCGCGAGCAGACACUUACCGUCUCGCUUCGCGAUUCGCCUUAUGGCCACCAGAUGAGAGGGGUCAAGCAUCAGUUUGACCACCUGACCAGCUUUGUGGUUGACGGGUUGAAGAGUUUAGACCGCGUGGAAAAGAGGUCGAGCUGGGGGUUUCUGGCGUCCAAGCUGGAAUGGGGGAAGAACUCAGGGAACAUCUGA